CUGGAAAUAUUGAAACCCAGGAUCUUGGAUCUUUCAACCCAUCUUCUUUUGACUUGGUUCUUCAUUUCUCUUUAGAUCUACGUUUCCUUUAAUUGACUAAAAAAUUCCAUAUUUUUUCUCUUUUUACUUACUUUUCUAAGUUCGAUCUUUUUAAUCUUUCGGUUCCAUUUGGAUUCAGUUCGAUCGGGGAAAAAAAACUUGAAUUCUCUCUUUCUGAUACUCUAGACUCGUUAAUUUUGGGUUUAAUCGAAAAAUAGGAAGGAGAAUCAGACGUCGAACAGUGGGUAUUGAUGAAAUUAGGGUAAAUAAAUUGGGGAAUUUUUGGGGUGGUUGGCUAUGCAGAUGGAAAGGGAGAGGCGGACUAGCAUUAUUAAUGGGAACUACAGUUGUCAUUCGAAUGGGAAGUAUAGUGGAUUUUGCAAUGAUUACAGUGUUUCGGGGAAUGGAAAACCUCAAAGUUUAUCCACUUCUUCGUUACCCGGUGCCGGUUUUAUCGAACAUCCAGUUUCCCGGUUCGACACCCUUGCCGGUGUAGCCAUCAAGUACGGCGUUGAGGUAGCUGACAUAAAAAAGAUGAAUGGUCUGGUUACUGAUCGUCAAAUGUUUGCUCUUAAGACGCUUCAGAUCCCUUUACCAGGGCGACAUACGCCGUCGCCUUGCUUGUCAAAUGGUUCCGAAACAUCAGGAGAAAGCAGUGCCAGCCAAAACUCAGGUCCAGAUUUGCCUCCCGGUUUGCGUGACUCAUUCCAGUCAUUAAGACUGAAAACUCCUCCUCGAAGGGUCUCCCCGGCAAUGAACUCGUUACAAGGUUACUAUGGCCUUAGACCGUCACAAAAAAGUGUGUCAUCUGAAGGUUUUGAGAUGGCUGUAUACAGAAAAGGAGAAUCUCGUUAUCUGGAGGAUGGUCCAUCACUCAAACUGUCCUCUUAUUCCGAUCCACCUUUGAGGCUUCAACGGAAGUGUAGAAGCGUGACCAAUGGAUUUUAUGACGAGAAUGGUGAAAUCACAGCAGAUAUCCUUUCCGCCGGAGAAGCUAAAAUCGGUGAUCCUGAUAAAUCAAAUGACAAACUGAUGCGGAGACGGCAGAAAUCCGAGUCCGACUUCACCGCCCGCACCCCUGAAAGGCUAAUGACAGAGGAUAACAACAACAGUGGGGGAUUUUCAACAAUAACAGGGAAAUUCUUGGCACAAAGAUCCAAAGCAGCAACUCGCACUAAUUCAGGAGCCGAUGCAGAGUUAUUUGGGUUCAACACCGCACCAACAGGCCUCGGAGAUGGUUAUGUGGUCGAUGAAUUUGCUACGGUGAGGAAGUCAUCGAGCACAUCAAGUUUUCAAGAUCAGGACAAUGGUAGUCUGUCAUCCCUCUGGGCAGCAUCCAAAUGGAACUUGAAGCCUGAUUUACAAGCUCUUUCAACCGUAAGCAUUACAAUGCCAAUGUUCGAUGGAUUGCCAAAGCCAAUAUCUGCGCGUAAAAGCAAAGCGGCACUUGAUUAAAACUACGUUCCGUCGCCUGCAUAUAUUACCAAAUUUUGACUGCAAAAUUCGUGAGGCCGCCAUUGCUAGAUCUUCGAGGAGUUUAUUAUACUGAUACAGAAAUGGACAAUAAGG